AUGUCGGAUGUGUCGAACUCCUUCUCAGCUUGGGAGACCCUGCCAGAGGACGAACCUCCGUUGUGCAUCGCAAUUCGACGCCCAGUGUCACCUCCACGCCACUAUGAGGCGAUUCGUUUCGAAAAUCGAUGUAUCCACAUGUUUCGUCGAAUUCGGCCAGCAUUUGUUCUUCGCUUGGGUGAUGCUGGAUGUUAUCAGAACGAUGUCAUCAGCAAAUCGCAGAUGGUGCAGUUGCUGACCAUCAAUCUUCACUCCUAUGUCGUUCCAUUCCAGCCUCCGCACUGCGUUCUUGAGACUGGCCGUGAAUACUUUAGUUGA